UCACAAGAGCUCGCAUGCAACUCGGUGUGAAGUUGCGAGGUAGAUAGAUAGAUCAUCAGGUAGAUGGGUAAAUACCUAGAUUAGCCACCUAUGUCAACUUGAUCUCGCAAAGAAGGCCUUGGAUAUCGCCUCGGUACGCCAUAGACACGUGACGAUGGCGUUCAUCCGGCUCUACAAGGACUCCGACUUCGAAGCGUGCGCGCAGAUCUGUAUCGCGACUCUCCCACCAUCUCUCGCGGCCUCCCCCGCAGCCGCCAAGCUCUCCCCGUACCUCUGGACGCACCCAUACACAUGCCUCAGCCCUUCUACGUGCUACGUGCUUGACGACGGGACCGGGACGGCCGUGGGAUAUUGCAUCGGUUGUCCAGACGUAUACGCCUUCGUAGCAGAUUACUCGCGCUACGUGACAUCGAUUCUCUCGCGCGACGUCGCGAGUCCGGGCUUCGACAUCCGGGAGCCGUGGACCGUGCCAGCCGCCACCACCUCCGCGGUAAUCAUCAACCCCCGCGCAUUAGCGCAGAACGCGUACCGCGCCGACUGGAUGCUCCUAGGGUCCAACGAGGCCGUGACGAGGCGAUGGCGCGCGACGAUGCACAUCGACCUGUUGCCGGCGUGGCAGGGGCGGGGUUGGGGCCGGCAGCUGAUUGAGAGCUUCGUGCUGAGCGUGCAGAAGAGUGGCCAGGAUUACGGGGAGGGAGAGCACAUCGGCGUGGCCGGCGAGAAUAGUAAGGUUGUGGCUUUCUACGAAAAGGUUGGCUUUCGCGUGGUUGAGGGUAGUGAAGGCGACAAUAAUAUUAUCAUGGUACGGGAUAUCAACAGACUCUGACGUUAGUCCCGCCUAUGUAAAGAAUCACGACCAAGACUCUGGAUCAAUAAGUAGAAUCAAGGCAGGCAACGUAUCCAAGCGAUGCAUGGCGGACAGCUGGAGCAUGGUAAAUAUUCAGGAAGAAUUGGUCAGAGGAUUCAUUUAUUUUAGUAGUGUAACAAUAGUAGGUA